AUGGCGAACCAUCACGCGUCGCCGACCAUGAUGCAAAUGCAACAGCAUCAGGGCCAGGUGCCCCCUCCUCCACCUCCUCCGCCGCCUGGAGUUCAACCCGCACACUUUGCGCCGUCACACCAGAUCGCAGCCAUGAACGAGGCCGUAUGGCUGCAAAUAGGAAGCUAUUCAGAGGUCUUGCGCAAUCAAGAUGAAGCCAUGCAGGCUUACGAGCGCGCCCUCCAGGCUAACCCGAACUCGACCCCAGCCAUGAACGCCAUUGGCUUGCUGCUUAAGACUCGUGAAGCUUUUGACAAGGCCCUCGAGUUCUUUAGGGCCAUUGUGCAGCUGGACCAGAACAAUGGCGAAGCUUGGGGAAAUCUAGGACACUGUUACCUAAUGACAGAAAACCUCCAGAAGGCGUAUGACGCUUAUCAACAGGCAUUGGUCAACUUGAGAGAUCCUAAGGAUCCCAUGCUGUGGUACGGAAUAGGAAUCCUCUAUGACAGAUACGGUAGUUACGACUACGCCGAAGAGGCUUUCUCCCAGGUCAUGAACAUCCAGCCCGACUUUGAAAAGGCAAACGAGAUAUACUUCCGAUUGGGUAUUAUAUAUAAACAACAGAACAAAUGGUCUCAGAGUCUCGAUUGUUUCAAAUACAUUGUCAAUUCUCCUCCCGGCCCUUUGACGCAGGAAGAUAUUUGGUUCCAGAUUGGCCAUGUUCAUGAGCAACAGAAGGAUUUUGAUGCCGCCAAGGCAGCUUACCAACGCGUGCUGGAUCAUUCCCCGAACCACGCCAAGGUCCUUCAGCAACUUGGAUGGUUGCACCACCAACAGAGCAACACCUACGAGAGCCAAGAUCGCGCAAUUCAAUACUUGGAGAAGUCGGUCGGCGCAGACAAUCAGGAUGCUCAGAGUUGGUAUCUCUUGGGUCGAUGCUAUAUGUCGCAGCAGAAAUACCCCAAGGCUUAUGAGGCCUACCAACAAGCCGUUUACAGGGAUGGAAAGAACCCCACGUUCUGGUGCUCCAUUGGUGUCCUCUACUACCAGAUCAACCAGUACAGAGAUGCUCUUGAUGCGUACUCUAGAGCUAUCCGCCUGAACCCAUACAUCUCUGAGGUCUGGUACGAUCUAGGAACUUUGUACGAAAGCUGCAACAACCAAAUCACCGACGCUCUGGAUGCCUACCAGCGUGCCGCCGAGCUUGACCCGAACAACCCUCACAUCAAGGCGAGACUACAACUUCUCCGGUCAGGUGGCACAAAUGGAGGUCCUCCUCCUACUGCUCCUCAGCCUGCAGAUGUCCACCCACAAGCUUAUCAGGCAGCUGGGCCCGUUGGACCUCAAUGGGGAGGAUCGACUCAACAACCACCGCCAUCUGCUGGUCCCCCACCACCUCCUCAAGGCCCGGGAGAGAACUGGGCGGGCAGACUGUCUAACAUCAACCCUCCUCCCCAGCCUCCAAACCCUUACGAAGCCCGAGGUGAACCCUUCCGCCCGGGACCUGGACCUGGACCUGGACCUGCUCCACCACUGCGACAACCUAGCCCUCAGCAGCAAGAACAGCUUCGCCAGCCUUACAACGACCCUACUCGAGGUGGUCCCCGUCGUGGUCAAACUCCUCCAGGCCACCAAUAUUCUCAACCACCCCACCCUCCUCCGCAGUCUCAGCCUCCUGCCCCUGCCUCUGAGCAGCGACGAGUCGCAAACCCCAACUGGGGUGGAGCAACACCGUCAGCCUCAGCGCCUCCUUCGAACAACAUGAACGGCCCUAAUGGUCCCAACGGCAUGGCCCCUUUUAGACCUACCAACAGCCCCCGACCUGAUGGCCGACCAAUUCAUGACAACCGUAUGCCUUCGCCAAAGUCAGCAUACCCUCAGCACCAAGCGCCUCCGAUGUACCCUCAGCACGCCGAGAUGGCUCCACAAGGAGCUGAGAAUGGGCCUCCGGGACCACCUGGCCCACAGGGACCACCACCACCUCCUCCCCCUGCUGUGGCUGAGGCUGCCAUGCAAAGAAUGGACGAUCGCCCCCCGUCAGUUGGACCCAAGAGGAUGCGAGAGUGGGAAGAGGAAUCUGCCGCCAAGAAGCAGGCCAGUGAAGAGAACCGAGUCCGUCUUGAUGAUAUGCGUCACCGAAGACCUUCAACACCUCCUCGCGAUAACUACCGUCGCAACUCUUCUGAAAUUCGACGUGCUGAGGACACACGUCGCCCUGAGGAACCGCGCCGUGAGGAGCCCCGGCGACCUGAAUCGGCACCUCGCCAUGUCACUGAGAGCUAUCAUCCCUCGGAUGCUGCUCACCAUCCUCCAAGCCAUGCUCCUGGGCCUAGCCACUUGCCACCAAUGCAGCAAGGGCCUCCCACACCCAUGUCUGGUGUUGUUGUUCAUGAGAAGCCACCAAGUGUUGCGCCGCCCAAAGAGGAUCGGCCACCAAGCCUGGAGCAUGCUCCCCCACCUCGCCCAGCUCCCACUACCGAGCCCGAAAGGGCAGCGAGAAAAAUGGACGUUGACGAGGACUACGAUGACAGUGGAGAGGAUGAGAAGAAGGCGGCGGCCAUUGUCACAAAUGGCUCUGGACCCAGCUCCGCGGCUGGAGACGCCAAAACAUCCACUCCUGCCAAUGCCGGUGUAAACGGAGUUUCUGGACCUGUCCCAAAAGUUGAAUGA